GAGCAGCCAAUCAACGACGAGUUACAACUUCAGCCACUGGCUCCCUAGUCCUCAGGUCCAGGCAGCCAAAUUUGAAAACAUUGAGAGACGGCGGAAUAUUCAAUAUUUGGUACUGCUGUGUAUAAUGGCAAAUGAACAUAGCAAUAAAGUGAUCCCCGUACGGGUAGCAGUCAGAAUACGGCCUUUAGUCCCAAAGGAAGUAAGAGAGGGCUGUCAGGAAUGUAUAGAUGUCAUUGAUGGAUCUUCUCAGAUAGUAAUUAAUGGAACUGAUAAGGCAUUUACUUUUGAUUUUGCCUUUCCAUCAAAUACCAGCCAGAGCUAUGUGUAUGAUUCAUCUGUCAAGAAUGUUGUGAAGAAUUUGUUUAAAGGCUAUAAUGUUACUGUUUUGGCUUAUGGCCAAACUGGGUCUGGUAAGACACACAGUAUGGGAACAGCCCACAUGCAAGGAGAUGAUAUUGAAGAAGAAACAGGGAUCAUACCAAGAGCAAUAAGAGAUAUUUUUGAAGGCAUAGCAGACAAGACUGAUUGUGAUUUCAUGGUUAAAGUGUCCUUUUUAGAGCUAUAUAAAGAAACAUUGUUUGAUCUUCUAAGUAAUAAGAACAAAGAUGAAUGUGCUGUGGACAUCAGGGAAGAUUGCAGAGGUGGAAUCAAGAUUGUAGGACUUACUGAAAUUCCUGUCACAUCCCUCUCAGAAACCAUGAAAUGCUUAGAACAGGGUGCACUAAACAGAGCAACAGGAGCAACCGCCAUGAAUGCAAGAUCCAGUCGUUCCCAUGCCAUCUUUUCAUUACAUGUUGAACAGAGAAACAAGAAUGAGGGGGACAAUAUUGUUUGUGCUAAAUUUCAUCUGGUGGAUUUGGCUGGUAGUGAACGCGCAAAAAAGACUGGUGCAACUGGAGAACGUUUUAAAGAGGGCGUUGAUAUAAACAGAGGCUUGCUUGCCCUAGGAAAUGUGAUAUCAGCUCUCUGUGAAGAUCAGAAUCGUGGCCACAUCCCGUAUAGAAAUUCCAAGCUUACCAGACUACUACAAGAUUCCUUGGGUGGUAACUCUCAUACUGUGAUGCUUGCGUGUGUUUCCCCUGCAGACAGUAACCUAGAAGAAACACUAAGCACUCUAAGAUAUGCAGACGUACUCGUAAAAAUUAAAAACAAGCCCAUUGUUAAUAGAGAUCCCCAUGUAGCUGAGUUAGCAAAACUGAGACAACAGGUCCAGCAACUGCAGGUUCAACUUCUUGCAUCUGGCAGUGUCAAUAGUGGACUUUCACAAGCCACAAAUGAUGAGGUAAAUUCCUUGUUGUCACAAUUAAAGCUUUAUCAAGAUGAAAAUGAAAAGUUGAAUAGAGCUCUUCAAACAGCAUUGGAUGAAAAUACAAAUAUGGCUGAAAAGGCUUUGUUAGCGGAAAUGGCACGUGAUCGUUUGAAAACCAGGCUUGAAGAGCUCCGAUGUCAGACUGGCAAUACUGUGGAAGUUCUGAACAAGACGUUAGAUGUUACAUUAAAUCCACAGCUUGGCGAGCAAAUUGAUUUGAUUAAGGAGAUACAAAAUAAGAUAAUUGACCUACAGGGCGAACAACGAAAAAAUGAGACUAUGAUGAUGGAACACGAAUUGUCACGCCACAGUAUUACUACAAAGUCCAUGAAUGGUAUCAAAACUGAAGAUCUUGGCGAAGGCCAAAAGGAUGCCGAUUCUAGAGACCCAGAUAGUGGCUUAGAGGAUUCUCCAUCGAAGCAGUUUGGAACAGCUUACACGUUGCGCCAGGCGAAACUGAAUGAGGAAUUACAGGAUCUAAAUAAAGCUCUUGCUCUGAAAGAGGAACUGAUGAGCAAGAUGAGUAACAAUGACACGCAGUUUGUUGCCAUGAAGAUCCAGUAUGAAAAAGAAAAGCAAGAUCUUGAAAAACAUGUAGAUAUUUUAUCCAAAGAAAGAGAUGAGCUUAUGCAGCAACUUAAGGUGGCAUCUAUAAACAAAAGUCAGGGUAAAUUGCAGAAACAGCGUCGAAAGAGAGUGCAAGAAUUAGAGGGUCAGAUUUUGGGUUUAAAAAAGAAGCAAAAGGAGCAAGAUAAACUCCUACGCAUGAAAGAGCAGUCAGAGCAAAAAGUUGCAAAAUUAAACUCUGAAAUCCAGAAUAUGAAGGCAACUAGGGUAAAGCUGAUUCGCCAAAUGAAGGAAGACAAUGAGAAAUUCAGAUUGUGGAAGGCACAGAAAGAUAAAGAAGUUGCUCGUCUCAAGGAGCAAGAUAGGCGGAAGCAAUACCAGAUUCUCAAAAUGGAAAGAUUACAUUCAAAACAACAGAAUGUAUUGAAGCGGAAGAUGGAAGAAGCUUCUGCCAUUAAUAAAAGAUUAAAGGCUCUCCAGAAAGCAGGUUCGCUGAAAAAACGUGCAGCAAACAAAGAUGUUACUGGGCGCAUUAGGAGCUGGUUAGAAGGAGAGUUGGAGAUUGUGACAGUGAAGAAGCAGGCCAAGCAGUCUCUCAAAACUCUAGUUGAAGAUAGGAAAACCAUCUCUGAGCAAAUAAAUAAAAUUAAGCGCCAGUUGUCACUUGGAGGGUUGACAUCUGAAUUAACAGCUGAUCUUGAAAAAAAAAAGGAGGACCUGGAAGCUGAUCUUCAGUUAAGAACUGCUCAGAUAAGUGAUAUGCAGUCUAAAAUCGUGGAUGAUGAUGAAGAUGCAGUAGCAAAGAAAAGAUUUGACACAUUGCAAAGUAUGAGUGAGAGUAAAUGUGCAUUAGGAUAUUUGUUUGAAGUUGCAGUGAACAACCAGGUGAACUGUGCAGCCCGAGAAAUGGAUAUACAGGAUUUGCAGGCUGGUAAUGAAGACCUUUCAGCAACUGUGGAAGAUCUUGAAGCUGAAGUAAAAAGAAUCAAAGAAACCUAUCAAGCUGAAUUAACUCGUCUUAGUCAGGAACAUGAAGACAAAGUGCUCUUCCUCUUGAGACAGAUGCCAACAGCACAGGAUAAUAGUUCUGUAUCCAGUGAAGUAAAAGAUGACGCUUUGCUUGAGCGUUUGAAGUUCCAAGAAGCUGAAAUUACUCGUCUGUCGGCUAUUCAUGAGGAGCUUCAAUCCAAGACCCAGGAGUGUGAAGAACUUAAGAAAGAGUUAAUGGUAUCUGCAAUGACUCAUGGAAAAAAGGUUUCUCUUAUGCCGACCAUACAGGUGAAUGACAGGCGACGUACUUUUAUAAAACCCCCCAAACAGGAGUCGUCUGAGGUAGUUUAUGAAUCUUCGAGCCAAUCUGAGGAUGAAUGUGAUGAUGAUACAGACCCAGAUUGGCGGAAGACCCCUCUAUUUAAAAAGAUAAGGCAGAUUACAAGACGCAAUCGUCUUGGAAACAAUGAUGACAGUGACGAAGAACCUGUUAAAGUAAAACAAGCAUCAAAACGAGAUUCCAAUGGAGAACUUAAAUGUGGCUGUAAAGGUGAUUGUAGCACCAAACUCUGCAAAUGCCGCAAAAAUGAAAAUUCUUGCAGUGUAAAAUGCAGGUGCUCAGCGAUGAAAUGUAAAAACAAAACCACACCUGAUAAUAGUAUUUCUGAUUCCUCUGGUAAGCAUGACACCCUUUUAAAUUCAACUUUUGAGGUCAGAUCCUUGAAUGUCCUCCAGGAAAAUAACAUUAACAAGAGGCCAAGACUAAAUGAUACAGUUACAUUUGAAAAAGAACAUGGGGGAUUACUUGACGUAAAAACUGAAAUUGAUUUUGAAAAUUCCCCAACCUUGUUUUAAGUAAAGUAAUUUGAUUCAUAACGUCCAUGUUUUAAAUGUAUUAUUUUUAUUUCUAUUUUGACUAACAUUUUCAUGAUAACAAAUGUAAAUGUUUAUUUUAUAGUUAUUUAAUAGCAGUUGUACUAAAAUUUUAAAGUGAAAUAAGGAUGAUUCUUACCAUAUUGAUAGUUUUCAAUAUAGGUUGAGUCACGUCAAACUUGCACUAAGAGGAUUCUGCAAUCAUUUUUUGUUAAUACGUACUAGUCUUAAUUUAAUUAUUAAUAUUGCUCUUAGGUCAUAUGGAAAUCCGAUUUUGUCUUAAAAGUUUCUGU